AAGCUGCGGACAGUCAAGAUGGCGGCGGCAUCGGCGCGGGGCGGCAAGAACGGUAUCCUGGCUAAAUGGAAGAUCGAUGACAAAGUGGUGAAGGUUGACAAAUGGGACGGAGCAGCUGUCAAAAACGCCCUGGACGAUGCCGCCAAGAAGGUUCUUCUGGAGAAAUACUGUUGCGAGGAGAAUUUUGGGCUGAUCGACGGGCGCCUCAUCAUUUGCACCAUCUCCUGCCUGUUUGCCAUCGUGGCCCUGGUCUGGGACUAUCUGCAUCCCUUUCCAGACUCCAAGUUUGUCCUGGCUGGCUGUGUGCUUUCCUAUUUUGUUAUGAUGGGGAUCCUCACCUUCUACACCUCCUAUAAAGAGAAAAGCAUCUUUUUAGUGGCUAUAGACAAGGAUCCGGCUGGGUUGGACCCCGCGGAUGUGUGGCAACUCUCCUCCUGCCUCCGCAGGUUUGAUGACCAGUACACUCUGAAGAUGACUUUCAUCGAUGGACGGACCAAUCAGGAGCGUGAGCGGGAGUUUACCAAGUCGGUGGAGUGUUUCUUUGAUGAUGGCGGGGCGCUGGUCAUGGAUCUGUAUGAGCCCGAAGUCUCUAAGUUGCACGACUCGCUGGGCAAGAAGAAAAAGCAGAAAUAAAAGUGUGUCAGAGAUUCAAUGCC